GAAUGUGAGAAAUUUAAGAGCAUGCCACCUACUGUUUCCCUCCAUUUCCUCUCGGCCCAACCACCCGAAUUCCCAAAAGACAAAACCUUUCUUCUUCGUGAGCCACUCCCCCCUCGUAAAGUUCACACCUUUCUCUCUCUCCGAUGUCAGAUUUUGGUCGCAAGCCCUAAACCAGGUGGGAUGAGUUUGGCCAAAAUGUCUAUAAUGCCCUUCUUCUCCUCCUCCUCCGCCUUCCUCUUCCUCUCCCUUCUCUUUCUCUCCUCCGCCGCCGACCACCACCGUCACCUCCUUCAUCAGCCAUUUUUCCCGGUUACCACCUCCGUUCCUCCGACACAAUCUCCGUCCUCAGGCCCGCAGGAGAAGCACACGUUCUCUGACGUCACGAGCCCUAACACCCCGCCGCAACGCAACCCGUUUUUCCCCUCCUCGGACCCUGUCUCCGCCGCUCCUCCGCCUCCUCCUCCGACGCGUCCGGCCACUCUCCCGACUUUUCCGGCCAACAUAUCCUCUCUCCUCCUGCCUGGACACAGCAGUGGCUCCAAGUCUCAGCACGGUCACCACGUCGCCAAACUCGUCAUUGGCACGGCCUCCGUCGUCUCCGCCGCCCUCCUCCUUUCCCUCCUCGCCGUCUUCUUCAUCUUCCUCCGCCAACGCCGCCGCGCCGCUCCGGCGGAUGACGGCAAGUCCUCGAGAUCAGACUCGCUCAGGCUGUUCAACACCGCUCCUUCCGACGGCUCCCUGAAACACAAGCAGCCGCCGAAGUACACUUCGACCAACACUAGCUCCGAGUUUCUCUAUCUGGGCACUCUGGUUAACUCCAGGAGCGGAGGUUUAGACCAGCAAAAGGUCGCCAUCUCCGCCAAUGUCUCCGGCGUCGUGGGCGUAACAUGCCCUGCUUCCGCUUCGUCUUCUUCUCAGUACCAGAAGCUGGGUUCGCCGGAGCUCCGGCCACUUCCUCCUUUACCGAAGUACAACGUUUGCACUCCCACUUACCAGAGCGGUGAACAGCUAAACCCUAAAGUCGACGACGAGGGAGACGACAACGACAACGAUAACGAUGAGUUUUUCUCUCCGAGAGGAUCAUCUGGUCGGAAACAGAGUCCUACACGUGUCUGGUCGAGCUCAAGAAGGGAUUUUCAGGGCAUCGGCGCCGAUCACUUCGGCAGUACGAGCUUCAACUCAAGAACGGCGUCGUAUCCGUACUCGAACACGUGUUCGCCGGCGGAUUCCAUGUCGUCUUCGAGCGCUUCUCCGACGACGAACACUAGUCCGACAAGCUUGAAACCCAAGUCCCCUGAUUCCAUUAUGAAUUUCCCAGCACAUGCCCAGACCCACAAUCCUUAUCUCUCUUCAUUCCCGUCUUCGUCGUCAGGGUUCGGUGUUACCGAAUCAUCGCUGCACCGUCAGAACAGCCAAAGCGACGGCGUUCCGGAGCAAACUGGACCAUCUCCGCCUCCACCGCCGCCUCCGCCGCAGUUCUUGGAGAUUUCGGCGUGCUCGAGGAUAACACCGGCGAGGGACAUGAGCGCUGGUCCUACGAUGUCGGUCUCGGUCUCAUCUCCUCCGGUGAAUCCUGGCAAUGGAGAUGAGGAACUUGGGGAGAAGGAGGAUGAUUCGGAGAAGAAAGAGGAUACUUUGAAACCAAAGUUGAAACCUUUACACUGGGACAAAGUCAGAGCGAGCUCGAACCGUGCCAUGGUGUGGGAUCAGAUCAAAUCAAGCUCUUUUCAAUUGAAUGAGGAAAUGAUAGAGACACUGUUCAGAGUGAACGGUCCAAGUUCAAGAACAAAAGAUGCCGGCUUCGUUCGAAAUUCUCAAUCUUGGAGUCAGGAGAAUCGGUUGAUCGAUCCAAAGAAGGCUCAGAACAUUGCGAUCUUGUUGAGGGCACUUAAUGUUACAACCGAUGAAGUAUGUGAAGCCAUCUCUGAAGGCAACUCUGAUACGCUGGGGCCAGACCUUCUCGAGUGUCUGCUGAAGAUGGCCCUUACCAGAGAAGAAGAGGACAUGCUUAAGGACGUUAAAGACGACGACUCUCCUUCCAAGCUAUGCCCUGCCGAGAAGUUCCUCAAAGCAUUGCUCGAUAUCCCUUUCGCCUUCAGGAGGAUCGAUGCCAUGCUCUACAUUGCCAACUUCGAACCAGAAACCGAUCACCUUAGAAGGUCCUUCGACACCCUCGAGGCUGCGUGUGGGGAAUUGAAGAAUACCCGAAUGUUCUUGAAGCUUCUAGAAGCGGUUCUCAAGACAGGGAACCGGAUGAAUAUAGGGACGAACAGAGGUGAAGCACAUGCCUUCAAGCUCGACACUCUACUGAAGUUGGUGGAUAUAAAGGGCACUGAUGGGAAAACCACCCUCUUGCAUUUCGUGGUGCAAGAGAUCAUAAAAUCGGAGGGAGCUCGUGUUUCAGCUCCCGACCAGAGCCCUAAAAGCGAGAACAUAACUGAGCUGUCCACUCUCCAGGACGAUCUCGAACUCAGAAAACUCGGGUUGCAAGUGGUUUCAUGUCUCAGCUCGCAAAUGAUGAACGUGAAGAAAGCGGCCGCCAUGGACUCAGCCACGCUCAGCAACGACAUAUCUGACAUCGUCACUGGGAUAACAAAAGUUAAGGAAGUUGCAGAGCUCAGGGAAGAAAUCGGCGUAAACCCUUGCGGAGAGAAAUUCUUGGCUUCCAUGGAUAUGUUUCUGAACAAGGCGGAGAAAGAGAUAGCAGAGAUCCAAUCCCGUGGAGGAAAUGCUCUGAAAACGGUGAAGGAAGUAACGGAGUACUUCCAUGGCAAUUCAGAAUCUCGCCCGUUCCGGAUAUUCGCGGUGGUCAGAGACUUUCUGGCGAUUCUUGAUCAAGUCUGCAAAGAAGUCGGGCGGAUAAACGAGAGAACCGUGUGCGGCGGAUCCGUACGGCCUUCAUCGGUGAAUGCGAAUCUCCCGCCACUUUUCCCGGCUCUCAAUGCACGGCAGAAUCAUCACCCUGGUUCCUCCGAGGAGGAUGACGAGGACGAGUCGACUCGGUAAAGAACUCGUGUUGUUUGUUCCAGUCCGUUUGUGUAUUGUCGUAUCACUUCAAUUUGUACGUUAUUAGACACAAACAUAUAAUAUAUAUAUAUAUAGGUAUUAUUUA